CAGUUGAUGUCUGCAUGUUUUGGAGAGUAUUUGUUAUAUGUCCAUAUACUGAGACAUAUAUUGAUAGUCAUGGUCGUAUUAUGGAACCAAUGAAAAAUAUCUGAGGUGCAAAGUCCAAAAGUCCAGUGCCUAUCUGUAAAUUCAGUUCAGUUCCUCUUCUCUCAUCACUCACAGCUGAGGAAUAAAAUAAAUUUAACAAAAUGGGAAGUACAUUUGUGCCAAGGCUUUUGGUGAAUCGAGUUUUCGUUUCCGAUUUUAGAAAAAGUAUAAGAAAUAUAAUCCCGAGUAAAAAUUAUUAUUCAACUGCAGCAACGACUAAAAGUUAUGAAUUCAUAAAAGUUGAAACCGCCGGGGAGAAGAAAAAUGUUGCUCUGAUUACUUUGAAUAGACCAAAGGCAUUAAAUGCCCUAUGUGAUAAAUUAAUGUCCGAAGUUAAUGAUGCAGUGAAAAAUUUGGAUAACGAAAAUUCCAUUGCCGCUAUUGUUAUUACUGGAAGUGAAAAAGCAUUCGCUGCUGGUGCUGAUAUUAAGGAAAUGCAAAAUAAUAACUAUUCCGAUUGUAUUAAAAGCAAUUUUUUGACUCACUGGAAUGGUGUGUCUAUAGCCAGAAAACCUGUUAUUGCUGCAGUUAAUGGCUAUGCGCUUGGUGGCGGAUGUGAAUUAGCCAUGAUGUGUGAUAUUAUUUACGCAGGUGAUAAGGCAAGAUUCGGGCAACCUGAAAUUACGAUAGGAACAAUUCCAGGAGCUGGUGGUACUCAAAGAUUGACCAGAGUUGUGGGCAAAAGUAAAGCCAUGGAAAUUGUUCUUACUGGAAAUCAAAUUAAUGCCGAGGAAGCUGAGAAGAGCGGUCUCGUUAGUAAAGUAUUUCCAGCAGAUCAACUUGUCUCCGAGGCUGUGAAACUUGGCGAAAAAAUUGCCAGUCAUUCUCCACUGAUCGUUGCAAUGGCAAAGGAAUCAGUUAAGAAAGCUUAUGAAACAACUUUAGAAGAAGGUCUUCAUUUUGAGAAGAGAAUGUUCCAUGGCACAUUUGCCACGGCUGACAGAAAGGAAGGAAUGACCGCGUUUGUUGAAAAACGCUCUCCAAACUUCAAAAAUGAGUAAAUCCGCAGUUUCCAGUUUUCUCUUUUUUUCAAUAUACUCAUCAGAAUAUCGCGUCUGAAUUCCAUCGUCUUUUUGAUAUUUUUUUAAAGUAUAUUU